CGCCCCUGAUUCGUUGAACUUCAACCCCGAAUAAGUUGAAGAGGGUGAGUCUGAUCUUCAAGUUGCUCAUAACUUUUCGAUUCAGAAUUCCAUCCUCAUCUUUGUUUCGAAGUUUAGACGUUGGGUUUUGAGACAACCUGUAUUGAUUGCUGCCUUUGUUACCGAGAUUAAAGAAUGCGACAAUUUUGUUUAUUUUCCGCUCCUUGUUUCCUUUGCAGGUACAUCAAAAUCCUACGCAAAAAUGGACAAUUGCCCAGAUCCAGAAGUGGUUGGAUGAUCAUAACAUUAGUUAUGAACCAGGGACUACCAAAAAGGAGUUAUUGGUCAUUGUUCAACUCAACAAGCCUGAAGUUCGUUACCAACUGGAUGAUUAUGUUGCGAAAUAUACUGAUCAUGAGAUUGUUCGUUUGCCUCCAUACCAUUCAAUCUAUAAUCCGAUUGAAAUGGUUUGGUCACAAAUGAAGCGAUAUUAUGAUAAGAAUAUUGGUCGCAACAAUGAUUAUUCACACAAAAUGGCUGAAACGAUCUGGGCAGAGGCAUUGGCAUGCGUUUCUGUAGAGCAAUGGGAAAACUAUUGCCGUUAUACUGGAACCAGAAUCUUGGAGGACUAUGCUCGAGAGGUAUCAGAUGACUGUAAUAGAGAAGCCUAUCAGAUCCAAAUUGUUUGUGAUGAGGAUGACGAUGACAAUGGUGAUGACGAUGGUGAAGAUGGUGCUGACGCAGAUAAUUUCACCGGAAUGCAAGUGACCGUCGACCUUGAUUCACGGAUUUAUAAUUCAGCUUCUUUGGAGAUGAAUCUGGGAUCGGUUCGUCGAUCCUUGUUAACUGCGUUUGAAUCGGAAAUGCUGGCAGAUCCACCCCAAAGUGAUGAAGACAUGGUAGCAGGUAUUCAGAUGGAAACUGAUUCCGCAGACCAUUCUGUAUUACCUGCGAUUCCUCCAUCGGAUUCGACAAAUUGUUCCCCGAGGAGUUUAGAUUAUGAAUCUCAAAAAGUUAAUGAAGUCGGGAUGGAAUGCAGCAGGCCGUCAAGAGCCAUCACGGAUUCUGUGCUGGUACGAAUACCAGAUCCAGAAAAAGAUCGAAGACCUCACUGGUCCUCAUUGAUGGACAGAAAAGGAGUUGUAGAAUUGGCAACAUCGAUGAAUGGGGUAUUACUUCACCAGUCUGCCAGAUUUCACCAGGCCCACGAACGUUUUCCGGUAGAGCGCAGAAAUUCCCAGUGGACACCAAAUGCGGUGGUGGCGAUAGCAGUGCUACUUGGAUCCCAAGUUAAUGUUACACGAGAUCUUCUGGAUCAGAUCUUGAUAGAUGGUGACAGACUUUAUGUUGACUCACGAACUGAGAGAAGCAUCGUUUAUCAACCUCUAUCACCAGAAGAUCUCCAAAACAGAUUCACGGCAUGUGGUCACGCGUUUACCAUCGGUGUUUAUUUGAAUUCUCAAGGGUUUCUGUCUUCAGAAACUACCCUACACGAGAUCAGUGAAAUAGACAACAAUAAUCAUUUCCCUCGAAGUGCCAGAAAAGGAGCCGCAAGAUUAUUCCGAUGCCUGUCAGCGAAUGACCUGGCUCAGCUUCUGCUGACCCAAAAUUAUGCCAGAAGGAAUGGAUGGCAAAUGUAUAGAAUUAAAAUUGAAAACAGGUAA